CGAUGGGGGAGGGGGAGGGGGAGCAGCUUUCUGUUUAAUGUUCGGUGCUUCGGCGUAUUUUCUCUCUCUCUCUCUCUCUCUCUCUUUCGCUCUUUGGCUUUUAUUUUAUUUGUCUGUCUUUGAGCGACGUUCAGUUCUCCGUCGAAAAAGGUGGGGAGACGCGAGGCUUGAGGUGGCGGCGCCGCGGUGCAAACCACCCACUUCAUCUGCUUCGACCUCUUGAGUGAGAUUAACAUCAGCCAUUUUCCAACAAGGGAGGUAUCGGCACAAACAUGGGGUCAGAAAAUCCAGGAACUUUCAACACGAGCUGUAAGAUCUUGACCUUCCACCCAACCAUGGAAGAGUUCAAAAACUUUGGGAAGUAUAUCGCAUACAUCGAAUCCCAAGGAGCCCACAGGGCAGGUCUCGCAAAGGUUAUUCCUCCGAAGGACUGGAAACCAAGACAAUCCUAUGGGGAUAUUGAUGAUAUGACCAUCCCAGCUCCAAUCCAGCAAGUCGUGACUGGUCAAUCUGGCCUGUUCACACAGUACAACAUUCAGAAGAAAUCCAUGACUGUUGGGGAGUACAAGCGAAUGGCUAACAGUGAGAAGUAUGGUACUCCGCGGCAUUUAGAUUUUGAUGACCUUGAGCGCAAAUAUUGGAAGAAUCUUACGUUUGUGUCACCCAUCUAUGGAGCAGAUAUCAGCGGCUCCCUGUAUGAUAAUCACAUUGACGAAUGGAACAUCGGAAAUCUCAACACAUUGCUUGAUAUGGUGGAGCAGGAGUGUGGGAUAGUGAUUGAAGGUGUGAAUACUCCAUAUCUCUACUUUGGAAUGUGGAAAACGACAUUUGCCUGGCACACGGAGGACAUGGACCUGUACAGCAUUAACUACUUGCACUUUGGGGAACCCAAGUCCUGGUACGCAAUACCCCCGGAACAUGGGAAAAGACUGGAGCGACUGGCUAAAGGUUUCUUCCCAGGCAGCUCCCAAGGAUGUGAUGCAUUCCUUCGGCACAAAAUGACACUCAUAUCACCCUCCAUUCUGAAGAAGUACAGCAUUCCCUUUGACCGGGUAGGAUAAUCUCUGCUCUUCAUCUGGCCUCAUUUGUGUCGGCACCUAAUUUAUUUUAUGGUCU